AUGAUAAGUGAACUAACAGAAAAUGCUGCAUCUUUAGACAUACUUUCUAGGCCUGAAUUGGAGUGUGUCACCCAAAGUUGCGUAUGUGCAUAUUAUGGAGGCAAAACUAAUGGUUCUACAAAUGAUUGUACCCUUCCAAACGGCCAAAAAGUUCAAAAAGCACUUCGUAAAGAAAUUAGAUUGUUAACAGAAGAAGAGAGAAAUAAAUUUGUAAAUACAUAUUUAAUUUUAAUUCAAAAAAUUCGCUUAAAGUUUAAAGCAUUGAGAGAAAUGAAAAAUAAUGGAGAUUAUGAUUAUUUUGCUGCACUUCACAGAGAUGCCGUUUCCACAGGUUGUGCUCAUGGGGGGCAAGCCUUUGCAGGUUGGCAUAGAGAAUUGACUAAAAGAUUUGAAAUAAUGCUUCGAAAAGUGGAUCCAUCACUUUCUUUGCCUUGUUGGGAUUCGACUUUGGAUAAUCGUUUAAACAAUCCAAGAGAUUCGAUUCUCUUCACUGAUCAGGUAUAG